GGGGCUCUUGUCUUCCCCGAAACAAGAGGGCAGAGGGACCGCCAGGAGGCAGCAGAGGCGCGCCCGAGGCCUGACUGCGCUUGCGCGGAGCCUGCGGCGCCCAGGACGGGAAGUAGGCGGGGCUGGCCCAGAGCAGCUCGUGGGGAACACUGCGGCAGGCUGGCAGAGUGAAGACUUGACUGGAGACCAUCUCUUGCCUAGCUGCAAGCCCCCAGGAAUGCUCUGGGCAUGGCCUCUGGAGCCCCACAAAACAGCAGCCAGAUGGCCUGUGACAGCGAGAUCUCAGGGUUCCUGGACGCACUCCUCCAAGACUUCCCAGCCCCAUUGAGCCUGGAGAGCCCUUUGCCAUGGAAGGUCCCAGGGACAGUCCUGAGCCAGGAAGAGGUGGAGGCUGAGCUGACUGAACUGGCAAUGGGCUUCCUGGGCAGCAGGAACGCUCCCCCAUCAUUUGCCGCGGCUGUGACCCACGAGGCAAUUUCCCGGCUGCUGCAGACAGACCUUUCGGAAUUUAAGAGGUUGCCUGAACAAGAGGAGGAGGAGGAGGAAGAAGAGGAAGAGAAAGCUCUUAUGAUCUUUCUAGAUGCCAAAGGCCUGGCACGGAGCUUCUUUAACUGGCUUUGGGAAGUAUGUAGCCAGUGGCAGAAGCAGGUGCCAUUGACCACCCAGGCCCCUCAGCGGCAGUGGCUGGUCUCUAUCCAUGCCAUCCGGAACACACGACGCAAGAUGGAAGAUCGACAUGUGUCUCUUCCUGCUUUCAACCAGCUCUUCGGCUUGUCUGACUCUGUGCACCGAGCCUACUUCGCUGUGUUUGAUGGUCACGGAGGCGUGGACGCAGCACGGUAUGCCUCUGUCCACGUGCACACCAACGCUGCUCACCAGCCAGAGCUGCUCACAGACCCCGCGGCAGCUCUCAGAGAAGCCUUCCGGCGCACUGAUGAGAUGUUUCUCCGAAAAGCCAAGCGAGAGCGACUGCAGAGCGGUACCACAGGUGUGUGUGCACUCAUCACAGGAGCAGCCCUGCAUGUUGCCUGGCUUGGAGAUUCCCAGGUCAUCCUGGUACAGCAAGGACAGGUAGUGAAGCUGAUGGAGCCACACAAACCAGAGCGACAGGAUGAGAAAGCACGUAUUGAAGCACUGGGUGGCUUUGUUUCUCUCAUGGACUGCUGGAGAGUCAACGGAACCCUGGCAGUGUCUAGAGCCAUUGGGGAUGUCUUCCAGAAGCCCUAUGUGUCUGGCGAGGCAGAUGCAGCAUCCAGAGAGCUAACAGGCUCGGAGGACUACCUGUUGCUUGCUUGUGAUGGCUUCUUUGAUGUUGUCCCCCACCAUGAAGUCACGGGUCUCGUCCAUGGCCACUUGCUCAGGCAGAAGGGCAGUGGGAUGCGCGUCGCUGAGGAGCUGGUGGCUGUAGCCCGCGACCGGGGCUCCCAUGACAACAUUACAGUCAUGGUGGUCUUCCUUAGGGAUCCCCUGGAGCUGUUGGAGGGUGGGGUCCAGGGGGCAGGGGAUGCCCAGGCAGAUGUAGGAAGCCAGGACUUGUCCACUGGUCUCUCAGAACUUGAGAUCACUGUUUCACAAAGAAGCUAAGUGGUCCAGACCUCCAGGCCCCAUCCGGACUCUCCCUCUGCCCUUGUGAUCCCCCCCCAUCAAAGACCUUAGAUCCAACAGGUAUAGUGGGCAGGGGUGCACACCCUCACAGCAUUCCUUUAGCACCCCAGCCCUUCAUGUUGCCUGCCACAGCCUGUCCUCAUAGCUGCAGAACUGCAGUAGGCAGCAAGUGGGUCUCAAAAGAAAGCAUAGGAAAAUGGCCUCACAAAAGAGUAGAUAGCUGCGGUGAUCAGGGCAGGACAGGUCUGGGGACAGAAACCAUAGGCACCUGCUGAUAGCCUAACCAGAAACACAGGUCAGGUCUUGGGAAACCCUCACACAGAUCCUGGGGUGAGAUCUGCAGCCAGGUGUCCAGCCCAGGCUUGUAGCUUCUCACUGUACCCAAAGCUGGGAGGGUUUGGUCUGUACUAACACACAAGCUUGCUGUCCUGCUUGACUGCUGGCUUCCCAAAGAGAAGACAUUGGUCUUCGUGGGAGGAGCACCAGGAGAGUGGCCCACUGCCAGUCCACUCGUAACUGAGUACUAAGGCCACGAGGGCUUUCUAGGCCUCUCUCUUUCCCUUGAGCUUCCUGGGGAAGUGAAGUCAGACGUGUGUGUCUUUGUGUGCUUAGAUUUAUUGCAGGGAAAAGUCUUAUCCAGAAUCAGUAUUCAGGCUUUGUCGUGUUGUAUCAGUGCCAAGGUGACCCACAAGGUCAUGUAACUUAAGCAAAACUUAGCAUUUAUUUUAUUCCUGAAAACUUAAGUAUUUUACUUUUUUGUGUGUUUGUGGAGAUAUUUGCAGUAUUACUGAUUUUUUUUUCCCUAAAUCAGGAUGGAAACAACUUUUUCCAUGUUAUGUUAAUAAGCCACUUAAGUGCCUUAAGCAGCUUUGGUGUGGACGAGAGUGGCUGGACGUGCCAUGGGUCCUGACAGGCAGACAUGUGGAGGCUCUCAAAAAAGCCAGCACUUGUGGAAAGCCAGCACUCUUUCUGGGUAGGUCCUUUUGUGCUUCUGGGUGCCUCAGAACUUCCUUGAAGUGAUGGGCAGAAGUUGUGACGAUGGGCAUCUGGGGUGACACUGGCCUCCUUGCCCACCCUUAGAGUCUGGCUGGAUCCCAGCUGAGAAGAUCUUACUGCUCUUGGUUAGAAGCUUGACACUGUCUUAGUCCGUUUGCAGUUACGUUGAUGAAGUCGUUGAGGACAGUGCUUAGGUGAGGAACUUUGGCAAGCCCGGCAGUCGCCAUCUGUGACUGGUGUCCUUCCCUGCUAGACUCUGUCCUGACCUGAGCAACAUGAAAGACCUCCACAUCCCUAGAGCAAUGAUGUAGAAAAUCAGGCCAGGGGUUGGGGGAACACCCAGAGUUGAAGGACAAAGGAGGCUCUCAACAAGGGCCGAGUGUGAGUCAGGCUGCUACAUGCAGACUCUGGCAGGUCCAGAGGGUAGUAGGUGUCUUAGCAGAGGCUCAGGAAGGAACAGUAGGAGGUUGCCUGUGAUAGCCCAUGGAGGAGACAUAGCCCACCUAUAGAGUGAAAACCCUAGCAAGACUACAGAGCUUUGCUCAGCGCACCUAAGCCCUCUUUCAAAAGAAGCAAGGGUGCUCAUACUUCGUCCCCUGAGGCAAAUCCACUGUCCAUCAGUAGGGGAGCAAGCCAGCCAAAUGGAGUUGGGCACGCCACCUGUACGCUUGGCAUUCACCCAUUCCCACAGCAGGGAUGGAAGAUUUGGGGCCAUGUAGCUGAUUCCUUGGUCAAGUCUCCUGACAGGAACAUGGUCACUCAAAUGGUUGCCCACCAUAAUAACUAGGUAUUGCUUAACUUGAAGGCCUGCUGCUUUCUGGGGGUCAGAAUCCAGGCUCCUCAGUACCAUCUCAACACAGGGUGUGGUUGUUGGCCCAGCCUGCCUGUAGCAGUGACCUUGAUAGAGGGAGAUACUGACUUUGGUUUUCUCCCAUUUUUGCUAACCUAUCCAUUGCUGACAAGUGGAAUUUGUGCCUCCUUGGUGAUCUGGAUUCAUACCCGCGUGUAAAGCUGUGCCAAAUAUCAAGGCCUCGGUGUAAAGGGAAGCCCUUUCCCAGGCUUCAGUCGAUUUGCACUGGUGAUAGCCAUGCUCCUGCCUGGCAGUGGUCCAUCCUGAUCUAGUGGCCUAGAGAGACCACAUUCUCCCACUGUUAAGGGUUGGCCUUGUGCUAGUUCCUAGGCACAGAAAAGGACUCUUCUAUUUUGACAGGAGCUGCCAGUACCAAGCCUACAAGACUUCUUGGCCACCUCCUCUUCAAGCCUUCAUCCCAAAAGAAUCCCCUAGCCAGUGAUUCCGCUCUCAAGUCCCUGCUUUGCCACCAUCACAUUGUGUGAGCAGAACCAGUCCCUGUGUCUCUUGGGCCUCUGGUACCCUUUAGGAUAAGGCAUGGAGGGUAUGCAUAGCAUUACCAGGAGCUGCCAGAGCAAGGGAGCCUAUCCUCCACCAGCAGCAGAGAGGGGUUAAGUAUUAUUAGUGUCUAUUCUUAAAAUUAAGUGGGCUAGAAAAGAGCUGAGUUACAGGCACCAGUGUCUUUCAUGGAUACAAAAGCUGAAACAGUCAGCCUGCCUUUGCAGGUAGAGCUGCCUCCCAACUAAGGCCUGGAGGCGGAAGAGGUGGGAGAGCACAAGCAGGCUUUCAGGAGUGUUGAAGCAAGGUAUCUGCAGGAUAGCUUUGGGAGUCCUAGAGGUCUUAAAAGCCCUGCCAUCCACCACGAUGUCUGCCCUUGCCCUCCUGGGUUCUGCAUGCAGUGGCCCCCUCUCCCAAUGGUAAGUUUCAGCAUGAGUGUCCUGGCUACCUCAACUGUAUUCUCAGGGCCAGAAGGAUGGCUCUGGGCAUAUUGUACGGAAGCCAGGCCAAUUUGUGUGAAGCAAGCUGGCUUCAGGUUUGAUUCCGCCUCUGUAGCUUCCAGGGACCAUCCUCUGGAGUCCUGUGCUUUCCCUGGACUCUUCGGCUUUACCAAACACACCAAGCUUUGCCGUUUACAUGCCUUGUGGGCCUUGCCAAGGGUUAUUUCAGGGGGCUUCCUGGGAGUCUUGUUCUAAGACACCAUGUUUCUUUAGUCUUAGGGACAAGUCCCGGACAGUCUUCCCCUGGGGCCCCUAUACUGGUGUCAAUAAACCAUAUAUUCAAGA